CGCAGCGGCCGGAAUCGGAUCGGCUUCCCUUGGCGGCGGGCGGGGAGAGGAUGGAGGCAGCGCUGGUUCAGCGGCGCCGGGCUCUGUACAAGGGCGUCGGGGCCCCUCCGUGGAAGGAGACCUUCCGACAGCGCUGUGUGGAGAGGCUGAAAAGCAGCCGGGCCCGGCUGCUAGACAGAUACCGCUACGCGGGAGGCAAUGCCACGCGUGAAGCGAGCGAAGUCCUGCUCGUGCAGGAGGUGAUGGAGGUGGAGUGGGAAGCCCUGAAAGCGGUGGAUCUGCAGCUGUCCUCCCUCCGGAAGCAAGACACUUUGCACCAGAUGCCGGAGGACCCUCUUGAUCUGGCGGUCCUGGAGGAAAUCCAGCAGGAGCUGGUCUUGCAAGAUCAGCUGGCCAUCGAGGAGUAUGAGCGGAGCUUGCGCUUUGACGAGGAAUGCCUCCACGCGAUGCUUGACAGUCUGGACGCGGAACACCGGAUUAUCUGCCCCGUUUGUAGACGGAACAACCUCAGCGUGAUGAGUCACUUGGUCGUGUGUCCAUGUGGGCUGCACAUUAGCACACAGGGGAUGUCGGAAAAGAAGCUUCAAAGGCUUCUGGAAGACAGCGUGACGGAACACGGCCACCGCUGCCUGGGCGGUCCUGAGUUUGCCGUUACGGACGGGAUGGAAGGAGAAGCCAACCUCCUUAUGAGCUGCCAGGUGUGCGAUUCCUGGGCGGUCAUUUUGUAAUCUCAGCUGCACUACAGCCCCGCCAGGGACCGCCGAUGCUGCUAUGAGUAUCUCUUCCGCUUCCGAGAAGCAGUUUGUGUGUAGGACACACAUACGUAUCUGACUGCAAAAAGUGUCCUUUAAUUGUUUGUGUUUCUAACUUAAAUGGAUCUGUGCACUUUUGUACACUGCUCUGCUGAAUAAAACCCCCCUUUUAAGUUAA